AUGGAAGUUCUGUCUCAUGUCUCUCACAACCGCGAUCCGAAUCAGCCAGACCGAAUGUUUACACUUGAUACCAUUGCAGAGGGCCCGACCAUCCGCUCAGCCAGUGGAAGCUGCCUGACUGUGCAAGUCGAUAAGUUGCUCGAACAGGCUUUCAAGCAAAUCAACGAAUACGACAUCCUUGUCGUGCCCGGGGGGAACUCCCUCCGUGUUGGUGCCGCAGGUGUCUUAGGUGGGAUGACUGUGACUACUCAUCAUCGCGCUGUCGAUGAACUGCGAGAUGUCUGUGACCGCUUCAAUACGCAUGGCUCGGCCCACGUAGUGCAUAAGCGCUACAUCGAUGGCGGCCUCCUCAAGGGCGAGGCUGUGCAGCUUCUUUCAGCCGGGGGUAUCAGUUCGGGGUUGGAUGCUUCACUGCACCUCGUGCGUCAGCUCACCGAUCCGGCCAUGGCCGCCUUCGUAUCUCGGGUGAUGGAGUAUGACUGGUCUGAGCAGAGCAAAUGA